UAUUGGUAGAGUGUGCGGCUCCCUUUGACGUAUGUCGAAUUAUGUUAUCAUAGUUUGUCUAAAAUACUACGUUUAAAUUAAAAUAUUUGAAUGUUAGGAUGUUCAAAAAUAAUCUUAAGUUAUUUAAAACUAAGCCUUAGUUUUCAAAAUUAGAUAUUUUAUUCUGUAUUUAUUUUUUUUAACUGAAGAGUAGAAUAUACAUAUAUAUUUGUAUACUCUUACCUUUAUUUUAUUUAAAGAAUGAGUCGAAAUGAAGAAGAAGCAAAUGUUAAAUAUUGUUCGAAUUGUCGAAGAGAUAUUCCAGUUGUUAACUAUGUGAUGCAUUCAGCUUAUUGCUAUCGAAAUUUAAAAUUAUGUCCAAUAUGUGAUGAACCAAUCCUUACAAUCAAACUUGAAGAUCAUUUAAAAACUCUGCAUAUUAAUGUAACUUGUGAUGGCUGUCUUCAAAGACUUCAAGCAAUAGAUCUUGAAUCCCAUAAAAUAAAUCAUUGUUUGAGUCGCCUAAUUACUUGUGAUUAUUGUAACAUACAAACUGAAGCUUCUAAAUUACCUGAACAUAUUGAGAUGUGUAGUAGUCGCACUGAAAAGUGCAAUGAUUGUGGACAAUUUAUUAUGCUUAAAUAUUUAGAAACUCAUAAGAAAAACCAUGAAAUGAAAAUAAUUCCUAAUGUUACAAAACAAAUACUUGAUGAUAGCUCAGAAAGUUUGGCGGCAUAUCCACCAUUAUCAAAAAAAGUGCCAAACACUCAUACAGAAAUGUCUAAUAGGCCUACUUUAAAAUUAAAUGAUCCAAGAUUCAUGACAGUUAAUAGAGUUUCGCCUAUUAAACGUAACAAUGAUCAACCUCAAAUUAAUACACUUAACAAUAAUGAUGACUCUAGAAAAGCAUUUAUAAAAAAAACAAAUCAAUCAAAUGAUGAAGAAUAUUUUAUUUCUGGAAUACUUCAAAAGUCUGAUCAUAACAAACAUGCAAAAAAUAUCAAUUUGAAAAAUGUAAAUAACGUAGAAGACUGUAAUCAUUUUUCUGAUAUGAAUGUGUUGAAAGGUGUUAAACUGCCUUGUGAAUUUUGUCACAAAAUGAUUAACUCAGAAAAUCUAGUCUUACAUGAAACUGGAUGCCGUCCUGAUUUGGCUACAUUUCAUAAUAUUUUACAUUCUAAGAAUAAAAAUGUAAAUAGUAUCAAUGAUAAUUAUCCAAUUCCGCCUUUAGAUUUAGAAAGCAGUAAUGAAAGUGAAAUUAAUUUAAAUAAUCUAAGUCUUAGCUCUGAUGAAGAUGAAAAUGAAAAAAAAAAUGUAGAGAAAUUACCUUGUGAAUUUUGUGAAGAUUUAGUACCACUUGAUAAAUUAAUUGGACAUCAGAUAAUGUGUGAAAAAGUUCAUCUUGAUAUACCUAAAAAGAAAAACUUAGAAAAUUAUAAAAAUUUUCAACAAUUAGAAAAAUCCAGCAAUAAUUUGAAAUCUAAUAAAGAAUUAAAGUGUAAUGUUUUUGAGUCAAAAUCAGUAUUCAGAGAAUCCAAGACAUGCAGUGACUCACAUUUAUUGGACUUUUCUGAUUCUUCUAAUGAAAGUUCAGUCAUUUUAAGACUUCCUAGAGCAAAACUUCAUAAAGAAAUUCAAAAUAAUGUGGUCAUUUCAAAUAACCAUUUGAUUAAUAAUACUUCUGCAAGAAAUAAUUAUGUACAAUUUUUAUCCAAUUCAAGAUUAAAUAAUGUAGAAGUAUCUACAAGAGAAGACUCUUUACUAUGUUUUAAUCCAUCUGGCGGAGCUAUACCUAAGCAAAAAUCUAACAAACAAACAAACAAUCACCAUUUACUAAAUAAUUUUUUUUUUUUAGUUUCUAAAAGAAGAGGUUCUGGAUCAUCUAGUGAUUGAAUUUUUAAUACAUUUUAUAAUUUUGAACAUAUUAAUAUAAGUGAUAUUAAUCGUAUUAUAUAAGAAAAAUAUUUAUCAUAUAUUUUACUACUUAAAAGUUAUUGUUUAUUUUAUGUAGCUUACUUGUCAGCAAGACAAGUAAAAUUAAAACUGAUUUAUAAAUAAUUUAUAUUUUCAUUUUAAUUGAUAAAUCAAUUCAUACA